AUGCGCGACUCCGCUCUCGACAAGCUCUUCACAGUCUCGCUCUCGGAUGACUACCGCACCUGUGUAGCCCAGUUACAGUACCAUGCGGCGAAGUAUGAGCAGGCUAGUGAGUUCAAGGAGGAUCACCACAAGUACCUCCGCGGCCAGAGGAAUCGGAGCCGCUCCUCGAAUAAUUAUUACCUUCCAGCAUUGAGC